AUGUCCUCAUUCAAAGAGUACUUCAAGAUCGACCAGCGCUCGUCGGGUGACCAGGCGGCGUUCAACGGGGACAUUGUCUCCGUCCUUCAGGGCGGCUGCCUCUUCGGCGCUCUGGUCACGGGUUACUUGUCCGGCAAGAUAGGGCGGAAGUGGUCCAUGCUGCUGUCGGGCAUCAUUUACGUUGUGGGCUCGCUGAUUCAGUCUAUCGUUGGGCUGGGGAGCAGCCCGGAGGUGGGACUGCGUGUGCUUUUCUUCGGGCGGUUUGUUGGCGGAAUAGGUGUUGGUAUGAUCAGCGCCAUCGUGCCGACAUACGUAUCGGAGUGCACACCGCGUACGAUCCGCGGCAGGUGUACGGGCGCUAUCCAGUUGGCCAACAACCUGGGGAUCAUGUUGAGCUUCUGGGUGAACUACAGUGCGUCGAAGAACAUCCCACACGGCCAAUAUCAAUGGCGCGUCCCAUUCAUAGCGCAGAUGGUCCCAGGCGUCCUCUUCAUCCUCGCUAUGUGCUUCCAGCCCGAGACUCCGCGCUGGUUGGUCGAACACGGGGACUUCGACCGUGCCGGCCGCGCCCUGGCCUAUGUGUCCAGCAAGUCCGUCGACGACGAGUCUGUGCGCGUCACGUUGGACGAGAUCAAGGCGGACUUCGAGGGCAAGGACCGGCUGAAUAUGUGGCAGCAGCUGAAGGGCAUGGCCGAGUCGCGCCCUAUUAUGCUGCGUUCGCUCAUCCCCUCGCUCGUCCUCUUCUUCCAGCAGUGGACGGGUACGAACACGAUCAACUACUUCAGCCCGGAAAUCUUUGAGGGCCUGGGUAUCACUGGCGAGACGUCCGGACUCUUCGCCACGGGGGUGUAUGGCGUGGUCAAGACCGUAGCUGUCUUCAUUGUCAUCAUGACCGCGGUCGAGAGAUUCGGACGCAAGAAAUGUCUGAUGGUCGGCGGCAUCGGCCAGGGCUUGUGCAUGCUUUGGAUUGGCGGCUACAGCGCGAUUCAUACGGACACGACCAACGUCGACGCUGCAAGCUAUGUCUCCAUCGUCGCAGUAUACCUCUAUGCUGUAUUCUAUUGCAUUGGAUGGGGACCAGUUCCUUGGGUCGUUGCAGGAGAGGUUGCGCCAAAUCAUCUACGCCCCGCCGUUCUUUCCAUCGCAGUCAUGAUCAACUGGCUCUUCUCCCUCACCAUCUCGAAAGUUACGCCGUUGAUGCUCGAGAAUAUUACCUACGGUACCUUCCUCAUCUUCGGCAUCUUCUGCUUCAUCAUGGUAUUCUGGACGUACUUCUGCCUCCCAGAGACGCAAGGGGUCGCCCUGGAGGACAUCAAAUACCUCUUCGAGCGCGACGUGCUCGUGCGCGCGCUCCAGGACUCGCCGGGCGGUCGCAUAUUCCUGGGCGGCAAGCGUGCGCCGCAGUUAGAGGAGGUGCGCCUGGCUGCGGAGGAUUCCAGCCUAGAGCGGGAUAACAGCAGCAAAAAGGAUCUGGCGGUGGCAACCAGCCAAGAAGCGCGCCACGACCGCCACGCAAAUGCUAUAUAA